AUGGCAGACUUCCACGUCCAGCCAGAGUCGGUGCAUGCAGAGGAGUCCGGCGUUGCUAGAUUCCAGUGCCAGAUCCACGGCCUGCCAGAGCCUGUCAUCAGCUGGGAAAAGGACAGACGUCCGGUGGACACCGAGGACGAGAGGUACACUCUCCUGCCCACAGGCGUUCUGCAGAUCACAGGAGUGCGUCCCGGGGACAGCGGCGAGUUCUGCUGUGUAGCCCAUAACAGUGCAGGAGUGAAACACAGCACUGAAGCACUUCUCACUGUCUCAGGCUCUCAGUCAUCUGUUUACAAAGAGCCUAUGAUAGUGGUCGGACCAGAAAACCUUACCCUCACGGUUCACCAAACCGCCAUCUUGGAGUGUGUUGCUACUGGAUACCCUCGGCCCAUUGUGUCUUGGAGCAGACUAGACGGGCGUCCCAUCGGUGUUGAGGGUAUCCAGGUACUCGGCACAGGGAACCUGAUGAUCUCAGAUGUGGGCGUGCAGCACUCAGGGGUCUACGUGUGUGCUGCUAACAAACCAGGGACCCGUGUUCGUAGGACUGCUCAGGGACGUCUGGUGGUCCAAGCUCCAGCAAAGUUUGCUCAGGCUCCGCAGUCCAUCGCUCGGCCCGUCGGCACCAACGCAGUCUUCACCUGCCAGGCCGAGGGCGAGCCCGAGCCCCAGCUCACCUGGCUGAAGAACGGGCAGAUCCUGGAGCCCUGGGGACACGUCAAACUCAGGAACAACAACAGCACACUGACGAUAUACGGCAUUAGCCAGGAUGACGAGGCUAUCUACCAGUGUAUCGCAGAGAACAGCGCUGGUUCCACGCAGGCCAGCGCUCGCCUCACAGUGCUGUGGGCGGACGGACUGCCCGGCGAGCCCACCCACUUGCAGGCCGAGGCCCUCUCACCCACCAACAUCCAGGUGUCCUGGAAGGAGCCCGAUCAAAACACUAAGGACAUCAUCGGUUAUGUGCUUCACAUACGCAGGACGUCAGACCCAGCCGAGAUGGAGUACGAGGAGGCCGUCAGUAAGGCGACCCUGCAACAAAUCAUCAGGGACCUGGAGCCCUCCACUAGUUACACCUUCUACGUCAAGGCCUACACAUCCCACGGGGCCAGCAAGCCUUCGGAGAGUGUCACCGAGAGCACUCAUGGGGAGGUGCCAGCCCCUCCUUCCCUCUACACCAAGGUGCUGAACAGCAGUGUUAUACAAGCAAGGUGGGAACCUUCCUCCAAGGCGGGCCAACUUCAAGGCUUCCGACUGUAUUACAGAAGAGCCCACACGCUGCUGUUCACUGGUCCCAUCACACUCCUUCGCAACGUCACCCAGUACAACAUCACUGAGCUGGAUCCUUCCAUGGUCUAUGAGAUAAAGCUUCACGCGUUCAAUGAACACGGAGAUGGCAACGCCACCCUGCGGUUGGUUUCACUUCGGGAGGCGUUGGAGAAAUCUGUGUUGGACGCCCCGUGCGACUGUGUGAAAGAUGAACAAAACAAAACAUCCACUACGGGCAUCAUAAUCGGCAUUCACAUUGGAGUCACCUGCAUCAUCUUCUGUGUGCUCUUCCUCGUCUUCAGCUACCGCGGCAGGUUAAGGAUGUGUAAGACGGUCCAGGCCUCCCCCCAGGCGCCGCACAGCGCUGUGUUGGAAUCCUCUUCGUCGUCCCAGGGGCCCUCAGGGAUGAAGGGGGCUGCCAGGAGGAAGAUGGAGGUCAAUGGCAGCGCGGCAGGGAAGAAAGUGGCAGAGAGCAACGAGCUGGAGAGACUUUUCACUCAACCCACACAAGAUACAUGCAUGUCCGACUCCUACAUGCUGAACGACACCCAGCUGUCUACGAUACCGCUGGACAAGUUUUCGUUGGAGCGAGAGACAAAGUUCCUGGAGCCCCCUUCAGCGGCCGCGGGUCUGCAGGAGCAAGGCUAAGCGCGCACCAAGGCCCACACGCUCUCCACAGUGUCCACUCUUCUCUCACUCAGGUUGACAAGUUUUUCCUUUUAAAGCAGGUUUUCUUUUUUUUGUGCAAAGAUUUUUUUAAUUUUUUUUAUUGGUAAGUUAAGAAGUUUGAGAAAAUCUGGGACUGUUUAUGGCAGGGUUUUUGGAUUGAGGUUUGGGAGAGCUCUCUUUGACAGAUUAGUUGCAUAUUUUUUGAUUUUGAGCAGCGCUCAGACUGGAUUCCCCAGAAUGUCCUUCCUAUACAAUUAUGAUUUUAUUUUUAAGUUUAUAGAUAUAUAUAAAUACAUAUUUAUAUAUCUUUAUCACUGAAAGGUCAAAGUGAUUUUAAGUUAUUGGUCGCAUGUCUGCUGCCGCCUGCUCUCCCCUACUAACGAUCCCACCUUCUCGCUCUCAGAGGACCUCGGCCUUCGUCCACGCAUUUGAUGUGUUCUGUCUCGGGACUUUUUUUCGUUGAUAUCAACAUUUUUUUUUUAUGAGUUCUCAGCCUUCAUACGGGGACCAAACUCGUCUGUUUGAACCUCUACGAUUCAACGAAAAACCUACCUCAACCAGAGUGAAUGUCUUGCGGGAAGCUUUUAGAGACUUUUACCUUCCCUUGUGCUCAAAAUGACUUUACAUGCGGAGGAACUGGUUGGUUCUAAAAUUACAAGAUCAGGUUCCGCGCUACCUCAGAUGUCAGGAACUGUCUCUCUUCUUCUUCUUCUUCUUGUCGAAAAGCAAAAUGAACAAAAAAACAGAAAACGAGUAUCCAACAUAAAGCACUUCCAAAUGCUGAUGUUAAUGUUCUACCUCAAAAUAACAAUCUUAAUGUUGUUGCUGUUGCUGGUGUUUGUCUGUUUAUGGCAUAAUGAAACCCCCUCUGUGAAUCCUGCCUUCCCUCUGUUGAUGAAUAUUGUGUUUGUAUAUACAAUGUCAGUACCUCAAGUUGACAGACUACAGAAAACACCUUGUACAGAAUGUUAGGACGAUAAAUUAUGCUCUUCCAUUGCAAGCCUUUUUUUAACAAACAAACAUCAUUUUUCUUUUUUUUUCUUUCUGUUGAAUGAAUAGAGCGUUAGAGAUACACUGCAUUUUAAUUAUAUUAGCAGGAUUAUUUACGACUUAAUGGCAUGUGACACAUCAAUUGGAAAAUUUCAAUUGGAAAAGAGGAAAUGUGUCUAAAAUGAGCUAUUAAUGAAUUUUGUUGGUACAGAUGUAUUUUUUCAAACUAAAAUAUUGUCAUUCAUAUGAAAGAAGAAAAUCAAGCAGAAAUAUUUUUCCAAGUUUUAGGACUACUUAUUUUUUGGGACGUACUCUUUUGACUAAUUAGCUGACUUUCAAAUAAUACCGCUUGUGUGCUAGCCACAUUAUUGCUAGUAAACACUGAGCAUAGCUUAGCAUAUUUAGUACAGCACUUAACUACCCCAAUAAUCUUAAGUUGUCCUUUUCACAUUACUGUGUGAGCACAAAGGAAGCAAAUGAUUUGUUACCUGCAUAAUUAGAGGGCUGUAGAGGUGAAACACGCUGUUUCUCCCCACAAGCGUUUGACGAUUUGAUUCGAUGAGAGUAUCACUCGCAUGUCUUUAGAGUUUAAUAUGAAGCUGCGUUCAGCGGUAAAACAACUAGAAACACUGGUGUUCCUCCUCUCAAAAAAACAAGGCCGCCUGUUUCCCAAAAUGUUCAAAUAUUCCUUUUGAUUUGAAUCUGCUGCAGUGUAUUUCUAACCUCAUUCAGGGAGGAUGUCUUUUGCUUCAGUGCUCUUAGUGAUUUUGAUUUCACAUCACAUUAUCUGCCUCCUUUUUAAAACAAAGUAAUAGCCUUUGAGACUUACAGUGCCCAGGAGACAUUACAGUUGCUGAUCAUGCUUCGACUAUUGUUAGUCUCUCCCCCAAAACCACAACUGCUGCUCAGCCUUCGCCCCUCUGUCGACGCUGACUAGUAAUAGUGCUUCAGGAACAUGGCUGGAUGUUAACGACCACAGACAGGGAGCUGGCUAAGGUCUCUCUCUCUCUCUCUCUCUCUCUCCCUCUCUCUCUCUCCGGCUCUGUGCUCUCACAGACUGUACAGGACUGGCUCGGCUGCAUUACGGUUCACUACCUCAACCCAGUUUUUGGCCUUGAUCUCAGGUCGUAAUGAAGGAAACACGCAGAGUACCAACAAUGUGAUACUAGCAUUCAACCACCUAUAAAAAUGUAUAUAUUGCAACUGACGCUACAUGCAGACAGGCAGAAAGGAACACCACACAGACAAUGGACGGAGAACUUUUAGGAUCAUUAUCUUGUGCACUGAUUAUUAAGAAGGUAUGAGUUCAUACAGUAUAUUGUUUCUAGUGAAUGUGCAACUUUGCUUAUCAGAUACAUUUUGUUUCAUAUCAAAAGCUUUUAAAUUAUUAUUUUUUUCACUUUAUAUCCUCAAUUGAAAGUUGAAAGAUGCAUUAAUUAAUAAACAGAGAAAUGUACAGUGUGGGACAGUAACAACUCUAACAGACACACAAUUUAUCAAUUUGCUUUUCUGGUAACCUCACCUGAGUGUGAGUUGUGUUUACCUGAACUGUGCUAAAACCCUAGUCUAGCCUAGUAACCCUAGGACUUUUAAGUUUAAAUUUCUGUCAGGUUUUACAUCUUCCACUUCGCAAAAGAAGAUAACAAAGUGAUCAACAAAUCAAAACUUACUUUUUCAGUAAAAAAAGUAUUUUACUUUGUUCCCUCUGUUUGCCGUUUUACUUUCCCUUUAUAUGCAAACAAUCCUCCUCAAAUCCCCUGUCAGAUAUUCUGACUCAUGGAAUGUCAUCGGUAGGUAUACAUCUGCUUUUGGCCACUGGCAUCUUCUCUGUCUCUCACUAUCUGCGAGGCCAACGUUGCUAUCUUAGAUUUAAAAAAUACAAACAGUAUUUUUGCCCCUGUAGGAAUAUGACAAUGUGUGGAGAUAAUGUGUGCGGGACAAUAGGUCGGAUAGUUUGCUAUGUUUGUUGUGGCACACAUCCCAGGUUUCUCCAUCUUGUGUUAGCAAAUAUAUAAAUGAUCUAGUUUACUUAGAGGCAGCACAGCAUGUAAUGAGUUAGAUGGCCAUUUUGAUUGAAAAUCUUUUUUUUUAUUUAUUAGCUGUACACUACUUGUAUGAUCUAAUUAUUUUGCCUCCACAACAUUCCAUGGGAUUGUUGUUUCUGUCCCUGCUGCAAUAUUCAUAGUUUCCAUUGAAGUGAUCAUGUGUAAUUUAAUGCCCUCGCAUUUGUUCUCCUGUCAUCCUUUUAUUUUAUUUACUUGUACGCUUUGGGGUUGAUAUCAUGUUUUAACAAUGGUACUUGUUGAAAUAGCAGAACAAAGGCUUGAGCCUAAAUGUGUCCUGUUUGUAUAUUUAUUAACUAUCAGAGGGAUGUUUUCACUCCAGGCUGCCGCAACCUUAAUCCGUGUUUACUGUUUAGAGUCAUUUCACAAGGGAAUAAUUGGAUCACUGGUAACGUGGUGCAGUGGCGAUCAUGUUUACGUGAAAAGACUUGAUGAUAUGUCAGGUUGUCGUUUUGCUGUACAAUAUAAGAAUCUGUGUGAUUUAACGGAGCCCUCAAAGCUCUUCUGAUUCUGUAACUCCCAUCAGCAGAAGGGACUAGAUGAUCGCCAAAACACAGGAGGGCAUUGUUUGACAUAUUUUUUGCAGUUGGGGAAGUGUUAUAACACCAAAUUCCUCCCCUGACAGUGAGCCAGCCUCUUUUUUUUUGUCUUUGUUCAGGAAUCUGACCUUUGGGCAGGGAGAGUGUGCGCUCAGGGACUCGCUGAUCCUCUUAAAUGUGCAUCAGCGGGCCGCCCUCGUCCUCCCUUUGAAUCCUGCUUUGUGCCCAGUUCACACACAUUUGCUGUCAGGGAUGACUUCUUUUUUUGCCAUUUAAGAGAAAGUGUUGCAACCUUGUGUCCGUUACUCCGCUAGAAACAUAAUGGUGAAAUCUCUCAGCUCAAAUCAGACGUAGAGAUUAUCGUAAGGUUUAAACUUCUGUGGGAAAAUAUUCUGUGACAACUUCAGGGAAAUGACAUCACAGCAAACUUGUGGUCUCUCCUCAGGGGAAGAUUACUGUUAAAGCCUCAAAGGUAUGUCUGGAUACAUUCAAAGUGUCUUGGAAAUGGAGAUCUGAAAAACUAAAAUUCCUCUGUAGCUCAGUUCCUGCUGAUGCUGGAACAAUUAUUCAAUUCAUCGGUAGAAAGAGUUCUUUCAAAGUCAUUUUUUAAGCACAAAUACCAAAAAAAACCCAUCCCAAUCCUAAACAUUCAUAAAUUCGGAGAAUUUGCUGAUGUUGUUUUCAUAUAUAUUUCUAUAUUAAAUGAAAUGGUAAACUGAAUAUUUGGGGGAUUUUAGAGAAAUUAAACAUUUGAAGCAAGUUAUUUAAAGCUUUAGAAAAUCACUAUGGUUCUUUUUUUCUCACAUUUUAUAGACCAACCAUAUAUCAAAUAACUGAAAAUAAAGAAAAAUGCUGAUUAAUGAUUAGAUUACAUUUGUAAUCAGUCAAUCAAAAGAAGGCAUCCUGGACUGGGCAUGUUCAGGAUUUAUUCUACACUGUUUUGACUAAAUGUGUCCGUGCAGUUCUCCACUCAUUAAAUGAACAUUGGUGACAAUACUGGACAAUACAGGACAGGCUAGUUGGACAUUGUCUCUCUAAAGAGGGUCUGUUACGGCCAUAAGAACAAUACUGAAACUCAACAGUAGAUCUCAACGGUGAGGAUGUUUUUGGAAAAUAUUCUCACUCUGGUUUCUCCCAAAGUCCUUGUACCCUCUGGCUUAAAUAUCCUCACAUAGUGUGGUGUUGAUUGUUGUGGCACGAAUGCUCUUUGAAUAUGAUUGUGAAUUGAUUACAUUUCCAAUGCAUUUAUCUCUAGGGUAUUCUGCUCUGAGACCCCAGUGACGCCACAUGUCAAAUAACGCUGAGUUUAAGGAUUUUCCAAGUGAUUUAUACUGUUGUCAAAUGGUUAUUUGUGAUUUAAUGUAAAUGUACUUUAAUGUUUGGGAUCAGUAUUAUAUUUUAUAUACCUGUGUCAAGAAAGCAGACUGAAUCUCAUGUGUUCAAAGGUAGUAGGCAGAGAGAAACCUACAGUAAAACUGCAUGAGAAGCAAAAAGAUAACCUGUUAUUUAAGAUGAAAUGAAACGUGUCAGUUAACCCUUAAUGGUCUUGUGAUGGUACCACUGUGAUAUUUAGCCAAAUUACGGAAAAAUAAUGUUGUGAUCUCAAUAUGGUGCUACUGAUGGUCCCGUCUCACAUUGUCGGUCAAUAUGUUUUGAUGGUGUGUAUUGAUGAAAAUAGACUCAGUGACCUUCUUCUAUUGACAAAUCUGUUUUUACCUUCGCGGAUGCCUGAUGAUCCCCUCCCCCUCCUCACCCUGUUCCCAACCGGUCACCGUCACCAGUGGUCACUUGUGGUGACGACGAAAGGGACAAUAGUCUUCAUUUUCCUUCAAAAACCAUCUUUGCCCGAGGUGAAUGUUUGUUGUGAAUCGAUGUUGCCCAUGUGAUCUAAAGCCGUUGAGUCGUACCUAGUUUGGCUCCUGCGUAGAUUCUACUACGCCAGUGGUCGACUCUCCACACCUGUCAUGUGACGUGAGCGUCAAGCAGAAAAACUCAAUAACAACUCGUCAGUAUAAGCAUUGUCAUUUAAGCAAACAUGCAUCGCAAAUGUCUUCCUGUGUAGAGCACCACAUUUCUGUUUGUGACACACAGUCUAAGCUUCACUUUUGCAGCACUGCAGCCGAGAGUAUCGUCUUGAAGGGCAAAUGAUUCCAAUCCAAUGUUGCCGUAUGAAAGCAUGUAGGGAUGUGAGUAUGUUUGACCUGCUCCUGCCCAGCGUUGCCGGCUUCCAUCGGGAAUUUUACUAAUAAAACAGGAACUGAUGUGAGAUUAGUUAUAAUUGUUAAAGUUUAAAGUUAAACCAUGUUUAAUUGGCCAAGUGAAGGAUCUCCAGUUUAUAAGAGGUGGUUAGAAAUGUUGUACAAGGCUGUGAAAAUGUUUGUUACAGCCACAGACUUCAAACCGAUAAGGAGAGAAAAAACACAAAUGCAAAAGUCUUCAAUGUGAAAUUGCCAAAACUUUAACUCUAACGGCGGCAGGUAAUUGUGUCUUCCUGUAGGACCGUGCUACUUGCAAGUCUUUUCUGUUACCUUGAUUGAUAUAUUUAAUUAAUUUUGUACUAAAAAAAAUGACUUCCUACUUUUCGCUUAAUCAAAUGUGAGCGCAACAAAGGGCAAGGGAAGGGAAAAGCUGCACUCUAUUUUAUGUUAUUUUAUCUCAGCAGAGUUGCUUGUACAGUUUAUUCAUAACACGUAAAGCUUAUAUUUUAUCAAUACAGUUUUAUUUCAUUUUCAUAUGCUAAAGGGUUCAAAUGCGGUGCCAACCUGAAACCAAAAACCAUGUGCAUUAUCAGCUGUGUGGACGAGUUCAUGAGAAAACAAGCCUCGUUCAUGGUGUUACCUGCGCUCAAUUCACUCAGCGACCAGUUGGAUUAAACAAAGGUAGCAUAAAUCUGUGCAGCGAUCACACAUCCACCCGUCAGUCACUGUGUGUCUGUCUGCUGUCACUGGGUCUCCUGCAGUUUAAUUCAGGUCGUAUAUCUCAGAGUAUUAUCAGGGAUCACUACUGUACGUUUCCACAAAGUUGUGUUUUUAUGCUCUCUGGGCCACGGUGAUGAAAUGAUAAGUCUGUAUACAUUUUUGCAUAUACAGUGUGUACUGUAUGUGUGUAUGUGUGUAAAAAGGCAAAAUAGACCAUUUUAGUGGUUUGUAUUGUUUUAGGAUUCAUUGUGCAAAACUGAAUUAAAAAACAAUAACAGUGAUAAUAAACUAGCUCUAGAAACAA